AUGGUGAGCCUCCAGGCGGUUCGAGCGCACAAUGCGACUCUGAAGACCCUCACCUCAAGUCUGACAGCAGUGUUUGUCGGCGGUACAUCAGGCAUCGCCCUGUCAACCGCCUGCGCUCUCGCCCGUCACACUCGCUCUCCCAAAAUCUACCUCAUCGGCCGCAGCCAAUCCGCCGCCGACGCAGCCAUCGCCUCCCUGAAAAGCAUCAACGCCUCCGCCCAGCCCAUCUUCCUCCAAACUGACAUCUCCCUCCUCCAAAACGUCGACCGCGUCUGCGCCCAAAUCGCCACCACCGAAAAAAGACUAAACCUCCUCUUCAUGACCCCGGGAUAUCUCACGCUCAAAGGCCGCGACGAAACGAUCGAAGGUCUCGAUCGUAAAUUCGUGUUACAUUAUUAUGCGCGCAUGCGAUUCCUCACCAAUUUACUCCCGCUUUUGGAUGCAGCGGCUCGGCAAGCAGAUUGGGAGUCUCCCGCUUCACCUGACGGAGACGGCGGGGAGAUGAAGAUCGUCCACGCCGAAUUAUCUCGCGUGGUGUCGGUGUUGGAUCCGAUGGUUGCGGUGCGCGCGGGCGGUCCGGGGACGCUGGAUUUUGACGACCUCAGUCUCAAACACACGUUUAGUCUCAAGACGUGCGGUUGGCAUGCGAGUCUGAUGGGGGAUUUCUUUCUGGAGCGGAUGGCGGUGAAAGCACCGCGGACUUCCUUCGUUCAUGCGUAUCCUUCGGGCGUGGCUACGGGCGUGUUGCGUGAAUUGCCUGCGGGACGCUUACUGGGGGCUCUGCUGACGCCGCUGAUGAGACCGUUUUUGGUGCCUCUGGAGGAGAGUGGGGAGAGGCAUUUGUAUGCGGCAACGAGUGGGAGAUACCCCCCGAGAGCUGAGGGAGAAGCAAGAGAAGGUGAUAUCGCAGUGGGCAGCGAUGGUACACAGGGAAGUGGAUGUUACUGGCUAAGCUGGGAUGGGGAGGUGUUUCCACCAAACGAAAAGCUCGAGCGGACGAGGGAACAGGGCGCCCCAGAGAAGGUCAUGCAACAUACAGAGGAGGUGUUUGAGCAAGUGUGUGUACAGGGCAAGACAUAUCCAUGA